GCCUUGCGGCUCUUUCUGGUUUGGGGGGCAAGGUUAAGAAGGAGGGGAGGUCUUCAGAUUCAAUGUGAAUGAGACCCCAGCCAAGUACUUGAACAUUAAAAAUAAUCAUCGUCUUCAAACCAAAGUUGCUGGACUGGGUAGGGAUGAGAACAAAAAUGGAAUGGGCGGCACAAGCGAAACACAUGGGAGGAUUACCAAGAAAGUUAGUGUUCAUGGCUGUUGGAGCAUUUGCAAAGACGGUGGCCAAUUUUCUCAACACCACUUAUGUUCACAAUGCUGAUACACUAAUUCGUCUUGUUCACUCUAGGCCUUGUGGGGUACCUCUCCUCACUGUUAGUAAUCACAUGUCCACCUUAGAUGAUCCGGUCAUGUGGGGAUUCAAGGGUUUUCCCACCCUGGAUGCUAAGUUGGCUCGAUGGGUUCUUGCUGCUGAAGAUAUUUGCUUCAAAAAUCCUCUUUUUUCAUAUGUCUUCCGAUUAGGUAAAUGCAUACCCAUCACAAGGGGUGGGGGAAUUUAUCAAGAACAUAUGAAUGAAGCAAUUAAGCGUUUAAGUGAUGGAGAAUGGUUACAUACUUUUCCUGAAGGAAAAGUGUCACAAGAAGAUGCACCAAUUCGGCGGUUGAAAUGGGGAACUGCUAGUCUUAUUGAUCGUGCACCAGUUACUCCAAUAGUUGUGCCAAUUGUUCAUCAUGGUUUUCAAGAGGUGAUGCCUGAAAACUUUAUGUUUGGUCGAAGGGCUCCAUUUCCAUUGUGUAAUAAGCGCAUUAACAUAGUUGUUGGGGAGCCAAUAAAAUUUGACCUUCCCAAAAUGAGGCAGUUGGCAAUUUCCAAGUCUCAUGAUCCACAUCUUUGUAGCAUGGGAUGGCCUGGCAGUGACUCUCAUGGAAUGGACGAAGCUGCACGCAGAUAUCUUUACUCUUCCAUUUCUGAUAAAAUUUUGACUAUCAUGGAGAACUUGAGAAGCUUUGGCAGGAGCAUUUUGAAGUAAAAGGUUCAAAAUCUUAUAUAUUGUAGCUCAUUUUUUUGAAGUGUUAAUUGUAUUUUAUCUGUCAUUCUUGUUAGUCCAAUAAUAGUAGCUGAUUCUCUACUUAAGUUGGUCUGAGUUAAACAGAAGGCAAUCUUCUCCAGAUUUGCAUCUCUUAGAAACCGUUUAGAACAAGAACACAUAUUUUGAUAAGAAUUGGAGAGGGGAUAAGUGCAAUUUCAAAGAGCUUGAAGCACAUUAUUAUUCUUUGGUGCAAAGAACAAGUUCAAAUCUUGACAUUAGGACUUGGAGCCAUAGAAAAAUAACGCCUUCAUAUUUUUUUUGUUGCUUUAGUUUAGGGAUAAACAAUGAUCAUAAAAGCCCCAAUUUAGUUUUUACAUGAGAGGUUUCAUCUUCAAAAAGCAAGGCUGUAUGAAGUAUGGUCCAUUGUAUAUCUUUAACUGAAUUGUAAUUUCAGUUAUAACUAAAUCUAUUUGUGGGAUUAUGAUCUUAUUUUAUAAAUCCAGAAUUUUAAGCUCAUGAAAGCUGUUGUAUGGA